AUGGUAGCUACUAGUGGUUGUGAUUUAUUAAAAGAAUAUGAACCACAUAUCCACCCUAUUCAAAUUCACAUUAAUGAACAUUCUAAAUCUAUUAACGAAGCAUUGAACAGUUAUUCACCAUUACAGUUAAUUAUUUUCACAGCAAUUAUUACGUCUAUUGUUUUAUGGUUUUAUAAUUUUAUUUUCAAUAAUGAUGAAGAUAUUAAAGUUCGUCUGUUACAAACAAUAUUUCGUUUAUUACGACGUAUACCAGUUAUUCAACGGAAAAUAGCUCAAACAAAAACAAAUACAUUAACAUCUGUUUAUAGUGACCUAGCAAAAAGUAUUCAUGGACAUAACUUUUCAACAGCAUUACCACCAAAAGGAUUAUCCGAAGAGGAUUUAAUUACGAAAUUGCGUGAAUAUAAGGAUCUUGAACAUAUCAAGUACAGGAAUGGACGAGUCAGCGGUUGUGUCUAUUCCGUAGAAAAAAAUGAUUUAACAUCAAUAUAUUGUGAGAUACUCAAAUUGUUUGGUGCAACAAAUCCAUUACAUGCUGAUGUCUUUCCUGAUAUACGAACAAUGGAAGCUGAAUGUGUUAGAAUGGUGGCUACAAUGUUUCAUGGAGGACCAGAAUGCUGUGGAACAAUGACAUCGGGCGGAACGGAAUCUUUAUUAAUGGCUUGUAAAACAUAUCGUGAUUUAGCUCUAUCAAAAGGAAUAAAAAGACCAGAAAUGUAA